AUGGCAGGUGGUUUCAUAGAGAAGGGGUCUUCCGAAAAGAACUAUCCUGGAAAACUCACUUUCAGAGUCUUCAUAACAUGUGUCACCGCUGCAUUUGGAGGUCUUAUCUUUGGAUAUGACUUGGGCAUUUCAGGUGGAGUCACCUCCAUGGAUCCUUUUUUGAAGAAAUUCUUCCCUGAUGUGUACGCAAAGGAGCACAACAUUAAGCCCACUGAUAACCAAUAUUGUAAAUUUGAUAGCCAAGUGCUCACACUCUUCACUUCCUCUCUCUAUUUGGCUGCUCUUGUGGCCUCAAUCUUUGCAUCCAAGGUAACUCGAGCCUUCGGUAGGCGCCUCACCAUGAUCUCCGGCGGUGUUCUCUUUCUCGCCGGUGCAGCUUUGAACGGCUUCGCCCAGCAAGUUUGGAUGCUUAUUGUUGGCCGCAUGUUGCUAGGUUUUGGAAUCGGAUGCGCCAAUCAGUCUGUGCCGAUCUACGUAUCCGAGGUUGCUCCAUACAAAUACAGAGGAGCACUUAACAUGUUGUUUCAAUUGGCAAUCACCAUUGGCAUUUUUGUUGCCAAUAUUCUGAACUACCUUUUUGCCAAGAUGGAGAACGGCGAAGGGUGGCGCUAUAGCUUAGGUUUGGCAGGAGUCCCUGCAAUAAUGAUCAUCAUCGGUGCAAUGUUUCUUCCUGACUCACCAAACUCGUUGAUCGAGCGUGGACAAGCUGAGAAGGCCAAGGAGGAACUAAUCAAGAUUCGUGGAACCGAUGAUGUUGACGAGGAGUUUAAGGAUCUUGUUGCUGCCAGUGAAGCCUCCAAACAGGUCAAGCAUCCUUGGUCUUCUUUGCUCAAAAGUGAGUACAGGCCUCACCUCACCAUGGCCAUAGCCAUUCCCUUCUUCCAACAACUCACUGGCAUGAAUGUCAUCACAUUCUAUGCUCCUGUUUUGUUCAAAACUAUUGGCUUUGGUGGAACUGCUUCCCUUAUGUCUGCCAUGAUUACCGGAGGUUGUAACGCCCUUGCCACCCUUGUUUCCAUCUUUACCGUUGACAAGGUUGGCAGACGAAAGCUUUUUCUCGAAGGUGGUGCUCAAAUGUUUAUCUGUCAGCUUGUGAUCGCAGCUGCAAUAGGUAGCAAAUUUGGAACAGAUGGAAACCCUGGAGUUCUUCCCAAGUGGUUUGCCUUAACUGUUGUGGUAUUCAUAUGUAUCUACGUGGCGGGAUUUGCAUGGUCGUGGGGUCCACUAGGAUGGUUGGUACCCAGUGAAAUAUUCCCGCUUGAAGUUCGAUCGGCAGCUCAGAGCGUCAACGUGUCAGUUAAUAUGAUCUUCACCUUUGCCAUUGCCCAAGUUUUCACUGCGAUGUUGUGCCAUAUGAAGUUCGGGCUCUUCAUCUUCUUUGCAUUCUUUGUGAUUGUUAUGAGUAUCUUUAUCUACAAGUUCUUGCCAGAGACAAAGGGUGUUCCCAUUGAAGAAAUUUCUCUUGUGUGGGAGAAUCAUCCAUAUUGGAACAAAUUCGUCAAGUCAUCUGCUCAAAAGAACAAAAUUGCUGCUCCAGAUUCCCAAGUUUAGGAUUCCAUAAUAAUUAAUUAAAUAGUAUGUCUUUUUUUUUUAUCAAAGA